GAUGGGGCUGCCGAAAAAAGCGCUGCGGCUUGAACGCAGGCAGGCAGCUAAGCAGGGCGAGGGCAGAGCCGGUAUAGUGACGGCGUUUAUAGCAGCUCUUGGGCGUUGUCUUGGCCACUGCCAGUUUUCUCCCUCUGUCCUUUCAGCCGCAAAAGAAAACCUGCUGGUGCUGGUGCUUGCCCUACCCCCCACUCCCCAAAGGAGGGAGCUUCUUUCUGUUUCUAAGCAGCCGCAACCAAUUUUACGCUGGCUGAGCUUGUGCAACUUUCACAGUCAUUUCGACAUCGACUUUCCUCGGUUUCGCCAACUUAAAUAGCCCAUCAGCUGGGCCCAUUUCCGGCCGUACGGCGAUUUCCUCUCAGUCGACAUUUCUCUUCUCUUCCUUAUUUCGUUUUUCACACUCGCCACGGUCGUGCAGCUUUUUUCUAUUUGCUCACUUCUUGUUCUCCACUUCACGGAUACAAACACGCCGAUGUUUUCGUGUAUUGCUCCACGGCGCCGGGCCACGGUCUCGCACGCAGGCUCCAGCAAUUUAUCAGUGGCCAGUGGCGAAAAGUCACGGUCCUUGUUGCGCAAGUGGUCUGGUGGCCAGCAGACGGUCCUGGCGCCAAUCCCCGAGCGCAGCUUGCCAACCACAGUGGUGACACGGCCGCCGCAACGCAGCCCAGGCACACACGAGCCAGUGCUGUCCUCUUACGACUUUGUGCCAUUGCGGGCACCCCCGCCGGUUAUGUACUCGUCGUCAACGACCUUGACAAAUAACCGCCACAAGCGCAUAUCGUCAGAGCCGCCGGCCAACAUGAGCAGCGCGACGCCGCAGAUUACUACAUCGCACCCUGCCACCCAGCACAGCCGCGCGAAGCGUGCGUCGACAAUCUCGACAGUCAAUCAUCGCCACUCGCUGCUCCUUGAUGAUGACGAGCACCGGAGGACCGACAGCGUGCAAACCCACACUGAUGGCAAGUUCCUGGCGAUACCGCGUUGGGGCGAUGCACCAAAGGUCAAUGAUCUUGUGAACGCCCAUGGCGAGCUCGACUGGGACUCGCCUUAUGUGCAGUUCUCGCGCAGUCGCGGAAACCUCGAUAACGGAUCGGUCGCGACGCAGUCGACAGCGACCCUAUGGCAGGCGAAUGGGCGGCAGUCUAACGCCACGACACCAGCGUGGAACGGCAACGAGCGCUCGUACUUUGUGCCACUAGCGUCGGGCCAAGGCCAGUGCGAGUGGCGCGCUUCAUGGGACGUCAUCUAAAAAUCCUAUCCAUCUUAUCUAUUCCCUCUCCCUUCUGUCGCUCUGCCAAUGCUCUUGGCACAUGCGACGGGCCUAUGUCAAAUUAUCACCCCUCUCCUGUAGUUUUACGACUCCUCCCUUGAUUAUUCUUCUUUCUGCUCUCCUCCUUUUGGUAAAAUAAAAAUUAUGCGAAGGAAUCCAGUCU